AUGAGCGAUUGUGAAGACGAUAGUAACUCCAUAAAAGAGGCCGAAACGAUGAUUGAAUCGACGUUCAUUGAUUAUCUCACCAAAUUUAAGGUGACCACAUACGCUGGACUAGAAGACUUUGCCGAUAAAUUCAACUUCAUUUUCACUGUGGUUGUUAUUUCCCUCUGCACUGUUAUUAUAACCGCCAAAAGCUAUCUCCUUAAGCCUAUUGCCUGCUAUAUUUCAACCGAAGUUGGCGGAACAAAUCUCCUAAAUUAUGUUGAAAACUACUGUUGGGUUCAAGGGACAAUUCCCAUCUCUUAUUCCAACAAAAUGCCCUCCAACGACGAAGAAUGGGCUGAACUAGAAAACGUUAAAAUUCUUUACUAUCAGUGGGUUCCCUUUGUUCUUGGUCUUCAAUGCUGUCUUUUCUACGUUCCACGUCUAAUAUGGCAGGCAAUAUGCUAUAACCGCACUGGAACAGAUCUGGAAAAUCUGGUUUCCCAGGCAAUGACAGCUAUGCAUGCCGAUGAAAAGAGCCGCAAGGGAGCUAUUGAAAAUACUGCAGCUGCUAUUGAAGAUCUCCUUUUCCAAGUAAAGAUAAGAUGCCAAAAGCGAGCGAAAUUGAGCAAGAGAGGUACCUUUGAUGGAGGUCGAAGUGGCACAGACUCUGAAGGUGAAAAUAUGCUCGUACGUUCAAAUGGUAUUCGCCAAAAUAUGGGUGCCCAAGCCUCAAACCUUCGUAUAAUGUCCAAACGUCGUGGGAAUUACAUUGUCAUCUCCUACCUCUUCAUCAAAAUACUCUACCUAAUCAAUGGUCUUGGACAGAUGUUCCUAAUGCAACAUUUCCUCGGUUUCAAUGCCACAUCAAGUCCCGUUUUCGGUCUCAGUGUUCUUCGCAAUAUGAUCAAUGGUCAUGAUUGGCAAAUGACUCAAAUAUUCCCUCGUGUUGGUUUCUGCUAUGCAGAGUUAAAGAUUCUCGGUGUUAGAGUUAAUGGCGUUACUGCUCAAUGUGCUCUCCCUGUUAAUAUGCUCAAUGAAAAGCUGUACAUUUUCCUUUGGUGGUGGAUUCUUGCUGGUGUGAUAAUUACGGCCGUCUAUCUUUUUAUAUGGAUCUUCAGAAUGUGUGCUAAAAAACGUGAGGUUGAUUACAUUAUCAAAUACAUUCAAUUCGUUGAAGAAAUUCCCCGCUACAACAUUGAUGAUGUGGACGACUUCGCUUUUAAAUUCCUCCGCAGUGAUGGAAUGUUCCUUAUUCGAAUGGUGCGACUGAAUGCGGGUGAUAUGGUUACUGCAGGAGUUGUCAAUGUCCUCUGGAAACGUUAUCUUGGUCGUUUAGAAACAAAUAGAAAUAGAUUCACAAAUAGUCCUUCAGUUUCUGGGUGGAAUACUGAAUUGAAGAAAGGUGGUGACACUGCAGUACGAAACCGAAAUCCAGAUGUAGCCCCAGUCGACCCCAUGAAUGAAUGGACGGUGUUACAAGACACGGAUAAUGAUUGGUCAGUCGGCAAUGCCGUAGUUUAUACCGACCGGCAGCCUUUCAGUUAUCUGCUUGGCUUGAAUGAUGAUUUUCUGAGUCCCGCUCAUUGGAAAAGUCAGGAAUUUCUCGAAAUCAUGGUUCAAAAGCUGUUUAUGGACUACGCGUCGAAGAUGCAGGUGGCCACCUAUGUUGGCGUGGAGGAUUUUGCAGAUAAAUUCAAUUUUAUCUUUACCGUUAUUGUUCUCCUUGUUGCUACAAGCGUGGUUACUGUAAAACAAUAUAUUCUGAAGCCAAUUUCCUGCUAUAUAUCUACUGAAGUCGGAGGGAAGAAUCUCCUAAACUAUGUCGAGAAUUAUUGCUGGGUUCAGGGCACCAUUCCAAUCGCAUACUCUAGUGACGUUCCAGAAACUGAAGAAGACUGGAAUCGUCUUGAAAGUCGAAAGAUAUGCAAGUUUCUCAUUUAUUAUCUGUUGCUCAUAUUGAGUUUAUACUAUCAAUGGGUGCCGUUUGUGCUUGGCUUGCAGUGCAUCAUGUUUCUCAUUCCUCGAGUUAUAUGGCAAAUAAUCUGCUACAACCAAACUGGAACCGAUUUGUAUCAUCUUAUCUCAUUGGCCAAUCAGGCAAGUCGUUCAAAGCCAGACAAGAAAGAGGAUUUGGUGAAAAAUUUGGCCAAGUCGGUUGAGCAACUACUUUAUCACGUGAGUUUACUCAUAUUGAUUUCUAAUUUAAAUGACGUGCGAAAUAAUGUCAAGAAACUCAAAACAAGACCAUCAAGCUCUGGAGAGAAAGCCUCUUUCACCCAUCAAUUCUUUAAGUAUCGGAGUACCCUAGCUGGUCCAACGUACCUUUUGAUAAAGAUUCUCUCUAUAGCCAAUUCUGUUGCCCAACUCCUCCUAAUGCAUCUAUUUUUGGGUUUUAAAAUUAAUUCCACUCCUUACGGUUUGGCUGUGGUGUAUGAUCUUAUCCGCGGACGAGAUUGGCAAGCUACCUUGGUCUUCCCUCGUGCAGCUUUCUGCUACACCAAGUUGAAAAGUCUUGGUGCUAGAGAGAACGGCAUUACAGCUCAAUGUGCCCUGCCGGUGAAUAUGCUUAACGAGAGAAUCUACGUGUUUCUCUGGUGGUGGAUACUGGCUGGCGGUUUAAUGACCCUUUGUAGUUUCUUCUUCUGGCUCUUCCACAUAUUUUGGCGCGCGUCGCCAACGCGAUAUGUUGAAAGACGUCUAGUACUUGCUCUGGGUGUGCAGAGCAAUUUCGAUUUGGAUGAAAUUCAGAAUUUUGCCAUCAAAUUCAUCCGUCAUGAUGGAGAAUUCAUCUUGAGAAUGGUUGGAAUUAAUGCUGGAGAGAUGAUGGUUGGACAGACGCUAGUCCAUCUGUGGAAUUGGUAUUUGGAGAGACAUGGAUUAAAACCGCAUAACAUUGCAGCUUUCCCUCCUUUGCCGUAUCCCGAUUCGUCCUCUUCUGAAUGUUCUUCUGCAUUAAGUGCACCAGUCGAAAAAUUUAACUUGUCUAUGGAAUGUUUUCGGGCCAUUGUAACAAAGAAAUUUACUUUCAGGAAAGUUCUUACAAAUCGAUCCCAGAAACAUACUCGUGAAAUUCAUACGGGGAAAUCUGCUCAUGUGCGCCGGAAGCUGUUCAAAUGCUGUUCUAUCUGCUACAUGGGCAAACGUCUGGGCAAUCGACUUUUCUCCAUCUACCUAUUGAUCAAACUCCUCUACAUUCUCAAUGCAAUAGGCCAAAUUUAUCUCCUGGAGUCCUUUAUCGGUCUCAAUUUUAGGGAUGGUGGUGUUCUUGGCGUCACUUUGACCAAGAAUAUGAUUGAUGGAAAGAAUUGGCAGUCAACUCUAAACUUCCCUCGAGUGGGUUUCUGUGUUGUUCCAAUCCGCCAUAUAGCUGGUCAGGUCUACGUAACCGCUCAGUGUGCUCUCCCCGUAAAUAUGCUAAAUGAACGAGUCUACGUCUUCCUCUGGUAUUGGUUUCUCCUUGGCGCGGUGAUAACCAUUACCAGUGUCCCCCUCUGGUUCUUUCGAAUGGCUCAUCGUCGCAACCGCACGCGUUUCAUCAAGCACUACCUCAGUUUAAAUGAACUCUUCUCUCGAAAGGAUAACCUCAUGGUGAAAAAGUUUUGUCGACAAUUCCUUCGUCAUGAUGGGGUCUUUCUGCUCCGCAUGAUGGCAAUCAAUGCUGGAAGCACAAUAUGUUGUGAGGUGAUUAAGGAGUUAUGGCUGAUUUACAAGACAAAAUACUUCAACAAGGACUUCAAUCAUGCGGAUGAGGAGGAAAGUGAGGAUAGUGGGGGAAGUGUUGCGGAUUUCCCCUCCUUGGUGGGUAGACAUCAUACUACCAUUCCACUUGAUAAAAUCACUCCCAAUCCUUCUGCUCCACCACCCUCAUCUUCGAGUGGUUACAGUGAGGAUUUCGAGUUGAAGAAGACGCCGAUUUGA